UCUUUGUGGCGGCGAGAGCGAAUCCGUCAGCUGUCUAUCUCGCUGCGGUGUUGUUGAUAAUAUAUCUUCUUUUCAUAUUCGAUGUUUUUACACGAAAUUCCAAGACGCUCUUUUGGUAUAUAAUUCGAUCGCUCUCUUCGUUGACCGCAACAAAGCUUUGACCCUCUCCGGUUGUUCUCCCAAGGCCGUGCUCAUGUUAUUUACCUAUACCCGUCGUUAGCAUCGAGGCUAUCGACUUACGUAAUGUUGCGAUAAGGUAAGCUGGCGAAGGAUGGAGCUAGUUUAGCAACGUGUUUUUUUUAGAAGUAAACAGUGCGUUCUCUGUUCACACGCGCGUCCGAGGCGGUCGCUCGACUUCGAUAUGGCAUACAAAAGGAUAUAUAUCAGCAUAGGCUACGCUAGUUUUGGUGCCUUGGUUGGACUUUCGGCGUUUUUGGUGUGGAAUAUCGUUUAUAAUCAGCCAUGGACGGCGGCUAUGGGAGGCCUCUCAGGCGUGUUGGCGCUCUGGGCUUUGGUCACACACAUCAUGUACCUUCAGGACUACUGGCGCACAUGGCUCAAAGGCCUCAAGCUCUUUAUCUGCGUCGGCUUGCUCUUCGGUGUCCUCUCCAUGACAGCCCUCAUCACCUUCUUGACGCUGGCCAUCACACAGAAGCAAUCUCUGACUGAUCCGAGGAGUCUGUAUCUGUCAUCCGUGUGGAGCUUCCUGACUCUGAAGUGGUCCUCCCUCUUGGUCUUGUACUCGUUUCGAUAUCGUCAGGAGUUUGCAGACAUCAGCAUCCUCAGUGAUUUUUAGAUGGGUGUGACAGACUUUGAGGGUCCUCCGGCUUGGGCUCGAAGACUUUCUUUUUCAGAACUGAAGGAUUUGUGUAGGUAAAAUAGUCACUGACUUUGACCAUCAGGACGUGCACUUGUGUCAUUGUGUUUAUGUUGUGGCUAACACUCUUUUCUUGUUCUUGAAUGCAUGUCUCAACCUCAAGGCUCCUUUCUGUUACGUUUUUUUAAUCAUCAUCUUUGCUAGAUUUUAAGCAAAUGCUUUUUGCUCCGUUCCAGGAAAAAAACCCAGGCUGUUUAUAAUGAGGCCAAAAACGGAAAAAAAUUCAAACAGGCAGGCCAACCAGAGACCCAACUAUUUGAAUACAAGCAAUUAAUAAGUCAACUUUCCACAAUAUGUCCUCUUAAAAUGUCUACUGUAGACAAGCAGUUCAAAAUGAUGACAGAACUUUCAGAACGUGCUUCUUCCAGUGACAUCAUCUUCUCUGUGCAGCGCUGUUUUCAGAAAACAUUGACAGCUAUGGGUUUUUUUUCUUUGCAAGUGGCUUUACCAAACAACAGAAUUCGAAAACAGUGUGUUAGCCAAAAUGGCAAUGGAGCACCACAAGGAUGAUUUGUUUUUAAAAAAACUACUCAUGUAUUUGUACUUCAACUGCUUAUGUGGUUCAAGUGACGUGACUGCAAUUAUGUUUUGGGGGGUUUCAACUGGCAAAAUUAUAUCAUGAUAAAUGUCACAAAAAAAAAAACACGCUUGGAAUCAAAUGUACAGUGUAGAUAUAACUGACACCUGCUGAAAUACAUUUGGGGAUGUUUUUUUGUUUUGUUAAUCCUCAAAAAUCUUUAAAAAUAACGUAUCUAUCAAUAUUUUCCAAGAAAAAUGGUCAGGGGGGUUUAACACAAAACCCAUUCAACUACUAGCGCUAAAGCAUAGAUCAUAAAAUAUGGUUUAAAUAUGCUACAUAGGAGGUGUGUCAAUCAUUAAAUAAGGAAAGUAAUUGCCAACAGCUGAAACCAUGCAAUGUUUUACAUAUAUGUCGUAUGAUUUAUGAAUUAUGCUUAUGUGUUCACAUUUUAAACCACCCUACGUACUGAUGAAAGGCUUGCACAAUGUUGUUUUUGAUGAGCCCCGCCAGCACAAACAAUUGGCGAGCAUGUGUGUAGCCCUGCUUUACAAGGUGACAUUGUCAACUACCGGCACUGUUUCUGGCAUGCAGACUCACAUGUUGUUGAUCUGUGUGAACACAAUCUUGGACUCUGCUCACAGGCUAGCAGUUUUCUUUGCUGUGCUUCAUCUCAGUUGUAGCGCCGCACAUGUUCAAUGCUCUACUGUAUGUCGUCGCAGAGCCAUGCACAUUUUGAGCAAUGUCACAAAAGAAGGCAGUGUAGAGGUAACAGAUCCCGAGUUAGAUAUGUAGUACAUCGUCUUUGCAAGAACACAUCUGUUUUUAAGCAUUAAGAUAAAUUAUUGUGUUGGGUGAUUAUAGAAACAUGAAUUAUAAUCUUAUUAACCUCUGAGCUCCUUUCUUAUUUUAUUCAAAUGUGACCGCGGCCAUCUUUCAGACACUUUAAUGUAUAAUGCUUUGGACUAUUGUUUACAUUCUCCAAGAUUCUUCGUAUGCUUUUGCGUGACCAGAGCAGCACUGUGCAAGUUGCUUUUCAGGUCCACCAGGGGGAGAACCGCCCUCACAUUUCUCCUGUAGAUGAACGCUCAAUGCACUUUAAUAUCGACGCUAUUGUUGGCAAACACAUUCCAUCAUAUUUGUUGUUUUGCCUGCUAUUCAUGUGCGUGGCCAUGUUGAAAAUGAGAGGUGGAAGAUGUAUCAUUUUAAAAUAUCUUGAAGUGUUUUUGCGAAUGAGUGCAGGAAUCUCCGAAGUGUGCAUUACUGAAUUUCAUGUAUGUUGUCUCACCCUAAUAAUAAAGUGAUUCAGCUCCUCAA